CCGCGUGUUGUUUCAUCAUCAUUUUCUACUCCGGCCGGAGCUCCAGAGAUCGCGCGCAAGCUGCAGAGCCAGCGUGGGUUGGGCAGCUGAUCAUUUUGGACAGGGAAUCGCAUCGUUAGCUUAGGCUGAAAGUGUUAAAUUUGGAAGCGAAGACAGCAUCACAUCAUGUGCGGAAUUUGGGCCAUUUUCGGCUGCGACCAGGACUUGUCCAAGCAGUACAAGAGCGCCCUCAAGAUCGCGCACCGUGGCCCGGACUCCUUCCGGAUUGAGAACAUCAACCACUUCGUCAACUGUUGCCUGGCCUUCCACCGAUUGGUCAUCGUGGACGAUGUAUAUGGCAUGCAGCCAAUGAGGAUCCGAAGCCAUCCCCACAUCUACGUCCUGUACAAUGGGGAGAUUUACAACUACCGCACAGUGCAGAAGCAGUUUGACUUCCAGUACCUCACAGAGUGCGACGGGGAGGCCAUUAUUCACCUGUAUGCCCAGGGAGGGGCGGAGUAUGCCGCCUCCAUGCUGGAUGGGGUCUUUGCAUUCUGUUUGCUGGACACAGCUGCCAAGAAGGUGUUUCUGGGAAGAGACACGUUCGGCAUUCGACCCAUGUUCAGACUGCUUAAAGAUGAUGGUCUCCUUGCCCUGUGUUCAGAGGCCAAAGGUCUCCUCGGCUUGGCCCACGGAGACAAAGACCAUGAAAUCGACAUCAUCCCUUUUCCGCCAGGACACGUCGAGUGCUACGACCUUGCCUCUACAGGCAAAGUAACGCUGACAGAGCGCGUUCAAUUCCACAGUGUUGGGGACAAGCCCAAGUGGUCCGACCUCCCAGUGGCUGUGCAGCCAAGUGCUGACGAUAUCCAUGAGAACAUUCGACUCUUACUCACUGACGCUGUGCGGAAACGACUGAUGACCCACCGUCACAUUGGAUGUCUUCUGUCUGGUGGUCUUGAUUCAAGCCUGAUAGCUGCCCUCGUGGUCAAGCUGGCCAAGGAAUCUGGCAUCCAUUAUCCUAUCCAGACCUACUCUAUUGGUAUGGGGGGAAGUCCCGAUAUAAUGGCUGCCAGAAAGGUGGCAGCACACAUUGGUAGCGAACACCAUGAAGUGUCCUUCACUCCAGAAGAAGGGAUAGCUGCCCUAGAGGAGGUCAUCUAUUCCUUGGAAAGCUACGACAUCACUACAGUCCGAGCCUCAGUUGGUAUGUAUCUGGUGUCUCGGUACAUCCGCAAGGAGACGGACAGGGUGGUGAUUUUCUCCGGUGAGGGCUCGGACGAGUUGGCCCAAGGAUACAUCUACUUCCACCAGCAGCCAUCUGCUGAGGAAGGUGAUGCGGAGAGCUGCAGGCUCCUCAAGGAUUUGUACCUCUAUGAUGUGCUGCGGGCUGACCGUACAACUGCUGCUCACGGCCUUGAGCUUCGCGUACCUUUCCUGGACCACCACAUGACCUCCUACUACCUCUCCCUCCCCGCCAACAUGCGGUGCCCCCAGCAGGGCAUCGAAAAGUAUCUCCUGCGCAAGGCCUUCGACGGCCUGGGCCUCCUUCCUGCCGAGAUUCUCUGGCGUCCCAAGGAGGCCUUCAGCGAUGGUGUGUCGUCGUUGAAGAAUUCCUGGAUUCAGAGCCUGAAAGAGUUCAUUGAACAAGAGGUGGACGACUCCAUGCUGGAAACUUCUCCCAAGUUGUUCCCUUUCAACCCACCCAAGACCAAAGAGGCCUUCUACUAUCGGCAGAUCUUUGAGAAGCAUUUUGAGUGCCACUCCAAGUGGAUCCCAUACACCUGGAUGCCAAAAUGGUGUGGAUACGCAGACGACCCGUCGGCCCGCUCCCUCAAACACUACAAGGAAUCUGACGUAGACGAACAGAAGGAGGCCAUCAAAGCCUAAACCUGGUUGGUGAUCUCCUACUGACCUUUAAUAUGAAAUUUUUAAUUGGUAGAUCCUCCCACUCUCUCGAAUUGCUUCAGUAAGUUAAGUUGCAGUUGAUGCAACAUUAACGCAGUGGUCCAAGUUUUCUUUCUGUUUGACAGAAUCAGCUAAACAUUCGCCAUACGUAUUCAGGUUUAAGUCUUUUGAUGUUUUGGGUCUCCAAGUUUUAAAAUAAAUGACUGAACAACAGAUUACAUCCAUUUUUGAUUGGAAGUUACUUCACAUUUCGAAAUUGUAAAUAACAUGUCAGGAUGUACGGCAUACAUGUAUUCUUUUAUUCCAUUAUUUGAGCAAAUAUUAGGGCCUAUUUAGGUCUGUGAAAUUGCACAGUAAAUAAUAUUUCUCAGUCAUUUUAAAAAAAAAACCAAGUUGUAUUUGUAAGUUGAAGAAAUGGUCACAGUACAGUACGAUAAACUGUAUAUUAUCCAUAAACUUGUUCUUUUCCAAUCUCCAUCCUGAUCUAUGGAAGUUAUCGCCAAAUAAUACAUUUUUACUCAUUCAUUCUUGUGGCCAAAGAUCUUUUGAAGCCACAGUUUGAAGGAAGAGGUUGAACUAUUUUUGCAUGAAAGUCUUGGUGCUAAUUUAGAGAGCUUUUUGGUGUGGGUGAUUUAGUUUUGUGUCCUUAUAUCUUUUAUGUUUUGAAGAGUUUAGAAACUGUUGGACCUCAAUGGCCAGUUCUACGGAGCCCGUAAGACUGCAUCUGAAUUACUUGGCUAUGACUUGAAAUUACGCACAACUCUGUUGGAACUGGCCUUGGUCACUACCAUAGACUCAUGUAAUUUCAGGCUGUAGCCAAGUAAUUCAGACACGGCCGUGUAUUUGCAAGAUUUGCCAUUAUGUAGUUUACGAAAACGGGUCACCAGCAGCAUAAAAAAAGGCCCGGUGAAAUUAUCGCUCUUCACUGCUGAUUGGCUGUGUCUCAACAGAUCUCAGAAGGUGCUGUUCCAGUGUCAUAGAAGGGGUACACAUGAGUUAAAUGUCAACAUUCCCAGAUCCCAGGAUUUAGCCUGGAUGGCCCUAGCUUAGAACAUAAUUUAUGCUUACAUCUCUUGAGGACGAAACGAUUACAUGUACAUGUUUAUAUCUCGACAACAACCCAGUGCAUAUCUCUUGUUUUACCUCUAAGGGCACUCACUCGUUGUAAGUGCCUGCAGGAGCCCCUUCUGUUGGUCUAAAAUGACACAGUAUUACAAUACAUGUAUAUAUCUUUGGUUCUUUUAACUUGCCUUGUUAUUUUUAACACUUUCACCUUAAUAUUAUUUUUCCGUAUGUUUGAAAGUCAUAUUUACCUCUUGAGGUGCCUAUCUCUGUGGCCCCCAAAACAAUCAUGGGUUCAAACUUCAAAUUUUCUCUCAUCUGUCCAUAGUCUUUGCAUACAUAUGUGGACUUGGAUUAUUGAAAUAUAAAGAGGUACUCUAAGUUGUUCAAACGUCCUUUGGCAUUAGCCUCAGGACCUGGGUGGAGAAAUGGAUAACAAGUGCCACUAGUUAUUCUAUUAAAUAGAAACAUUGAAUUCUUUUUGACCCAAAAGGACUGAAAUAAAAGUCCAAACUGAAAAGA